AUGGGCACCGCCUCGAGGUACGGCAGGAUCUCCGGAUCGACGGUCUCGCGCAGCUGCGUGCGGUUCUUCCAGCGCGAGGGCGUCUGCGAGGGCUGCGUGGCGAAGCGCGAGAGGGGAAACGGCGGCGGGGAAGAGGCAGACGGCGCGGAGCAGUCCGCAGAAUGGCUGAAGGGCGUGUGUGUGGAUGGCUGGGGAGGAAAAUGUGGAGCGGGCUCAAGUUCCAGCGCAGCCGUGCGAUGGCGGUCACCUGCAUGUGUGCUCCGUGAGAUGAGCAGCAUGGUGCAGCGCGAUCAGACGGAAGACGCCACCGCGACUUCUCGCCGCCGCAUCAUCGCUGCGUCUUCCCUGUUAGCGGUCGCCGGAGAAGAGAUGGCAGUGAUUCAGUGGCGGUGCAGAGACGCCACGAUUACCAAUGUUCAGAGAUAUCCUUACCGGCCUACUCACUGGUACGACAGCUUCGGCGUCACGGGCGCAGGCGAGCGAUCCCACUCGUCCGCGAUGAACACCUCCUCAAGCACCUCCUCGGCGCAGAACGACACCGUCUUGUGCAUCCGCGGCGGGCUUGCGCACUCGCACUCGAGCCCCGCACAGCUGGGGGACGUGCGCCCAGACCCGCUGGGCGUCGGGGGCACGCUCACGUCCGGGGUCAGCGGGGGCGUGUGGAAUGGUAAUGGUGGUGUGAGUGUAUCUGAAGCACUGUCGUCUAGUGGAUAUCGGGGGCGUGCUGCAGUCGUUAGCUCCGUGCGCUCUGGCGAUCUAGAGAGGCUCUUUGUAGUUUGCUCGAAUGAAUAUGAGAGCGAGAAGGCGGGUGCGGGGAAAGAGCAGGGUGGGCCGUGGUAA